UUUUUUUUUAAAUUCUCCUCAUCUUUAAGAGCGUUUCAUCGCCGAGAGAGUAUCACUGAAUUCAGCGGUUGCUGACGCUGCUUCCUCCUGUGUGGACAAGAGGAUGGAUGGUUGACCUCAGAGCUUACUGAUUGGCUCACUGAGCUUUGCUGCGAUCAUGGCCAAAAGUCCAGAGGUGAAGCUGGCCGUCUUUGGCAGAGCGGGAGUGGGCAAAUCAGCUUUGGUGGUGAGAUUUCUGACUCGACGCUUCAUCUGGGAGUAUGACCCGACACUUGAAUCCACAUACCGCCAUCAAGCCAAUAUUGACGAUGAGGCCGUCACCAUGGAGAUCCUGGACACUGCAGGGCAGGAGGACAUCCAGCAGAAGGAGGGUCACAUGCGUUGGGGUGACGGAUUCAUCAUUGUGUACGACAUCACUGAUCGGGGAAGCUUUGAGGAGGUGGCACCACUCCGGAAUCUCCUAGAAGAAGUGAAAAAGCCAAAGAACGUCCCUCUGGUCCUUGUGGGCAACAAGUCUGAUCUGGACCACGUCCGGCAGGUCGGCACAGAAGAGGGCGAGCGACUUGCAGCAGAAAUGGCUUGCGCCUUCUACGAGUGUUCAGCAUGUGCUGAUGAGGGAGGGGCUGUGGCCGAAGCCUUCCACGAGCUCUGCCGUGAGGUUAGGCGUCGUAAAGCCAUGCAGGGCAAAGCUCGACGCCGCAGCUCCACCACACAUGUCAAACAGGCCAUCAACAAGAUGCUGACCAAGAUCAGCAGCUAGGGAAGAGCCGCACUACCGUCUGAUGACACAAGAACAAAGAUAAUGUUUUUUAACUGUUUCUCAUGUAAAUGUAUUCCAACAGUUAUUGGCUCCGAAAGGGACGAAAAUGUGACUGAUUUGAAGUGGAAUGUGUUAUUUACUUUUUCGCUGAUAAUUUUCCAUUAAAAAGGUCCCAAGUGCAAUACAUUUCUUCUGGAGGAGGUUCAUGAAGUUGUCACUUCAGGAUUGGAGCCUUAACGGAUGACCUCUCGGCCAAUCAUUUGAA